AUUUCAUUCUCAUCUGGUUUGUGUCCAUAGAGUACUUUGUAUAUACAGGAAAUUUGUGUCGAAGUGUCAGCUAACUAGCAGUUUGUCUUUUUAUUUUUGGAUUAUUUAUCAUUUCUACAACCUGUAAAGUAACAGAUUUCUUAGUUUGUAGCCUGGAACAUAUUAAAUUAGAUUCACAAUGUCGGUGAUGGAAUUUUUGAAAGAUCUGCCAUCAUACGACGAGCACAACUUUACACUAUUUAAUACCGAUCACGGUAUAAGAAACUGUUCAAAAAGACCUUCAAUAUACCUGCCUACCAAGGAUAUUCCUUCCGAACAAAUUAUCGUCACGGAGAAAACAAACAUAUUAUUAAGAUAUCUACACCAACAAUGGGAGAAAAAGAACAACACGUCUCCAAAGAAGCGUGAUCAGAGUCACAUAGAACAGAAUGGCGAUGAGAGUCGACCGCGCAAGAGGCCGUGUCUAAACUCACCUUUGAACUGAAAAUGUUUGAAAGCAGGAUCAUUUAAUUAGUGCUUCAGUUACAAACUUUACGAACUAUAUGAAAGUUUUUAUUAAAAUUUGUAAAUCGCGUUCUUAGGUUAAAUUAGCCAUUGAUUCUCAAAACACACUGGUUCCAUGUAUUUUGGGAAGUAUUGUUUAUUAAGUACCGUUUUGCAUGGCAAAUCUAUCCAUACAAACGCAUAAAAAUUUGACAAUGACUACCAAUUUGAUUUUUAUUUUCGUUAUCUUUUCUAUCUUUUUGUAGAAUACUCUUACGGAAUAAAACAAUUAAAGAUAAUUAGUAAGAACCAUAAAACUUAAUAACUAUUUGAAACAGAGCAGGAAAAUGUAUGUCAGGUCAGCUUUGUAUUCAAAUACUUAGUUUACUUAGAUAAUUCUUAUUUGUACUUCCCAUUAUACAUAUUCACUAAUGUUAUUUUUGAUUUCUCAUUCCAUGUUGAUUUUUAGGGAACUUUAUCUUUGACAAAACAACAUUUUAGGCUUGUAAAUGAUAGGUUUCAAAUCUAAUACUAUACUGAAGUGAUUUAAUGCAUACUACUAGAAAAAAAUGUGUUCAAUCAUUUAAUGCUAAUACAGUGACAUUUUUUACUAGGUCAGGUAGUAGUUUUGAGUGUAAACAAUAUCAAGGUGCAAAAUUUUCUGUAGAAUAUUAAAUUCUAAGUAAAGUUAAUAGCACUGAAUUUUUAUUGUGUUGUAAAGAUUACUGUUUGCUUUGUUUUUUAUUUCUAUCUCAAAAAAAUAUAUUAUAUUAAAUGCUGUAUUUGAAAUAUAAUUUAAAAGAAAAUGUCAUCUUUUUGAGUUAUUGAACUGUGGACUAGAAUGCUGUCUUAAAAUAGCAAGUUUAUAUUUAUUAACAUAGAACAAAUAGUAACUAUUCUUUACAAAUUUAUUCUAACAAAAAAGUCAAUGUAACAGUUUAUAUUUAGCAGUACUAAUGAAGUAAUUAUUCAUGAUUGUCAUAUUCAUCGAUUGGGUGUCAACAAUGUUAAUUUAAAAACAAUAAUUAUUAGAAAAAUUUUAAUAUUCACUUCUUUACCCUUAGAAAUAAUGAAAAUUCUAGUAAUAAAACAAGCAAUAUCUUUGAUGUUAGUUGUAAAGUAAGAUAAUUGAUGGUAAUCAGACAUAUUUUUUAUCUAAUUCAUAUGACCUGGCCUGUAGUGCUAAAUUUAGUAUUUCGUUAUUGUAUAGCACGAAAUUGAUAAAUAUAUUUAAAAUAUAUAAG